UGCAAGCACAGGCAGGCCAGUCCACUGGUGCACCGCAGGGACAGUAACCCGUUCACCGAGAUUGCCAUGAGCUCAUGCAAGUACACUGGUGGUGUGAUGAAACCUCUCAGCCGUCUCAGCGCCUCACGCAGGAACCUCAUUGAGUCUGACAGUGGAAGUGACAGCAAAGACGGUGGGGCUGCCACUGGACAUGGGACAGCGCCCUCCUCCUCUUCCUCUACUACGGCACCCCAGAUCCCACCUGAAAUUGUCAUCUCCUCCAAAGAGGAUCCACCAUAUGGACAUGUCUAUGAGCUUGAGUCAUCGGCUAAUCAGAUGUCUAUCUAUCACCAGAACCACACCCUCUCUGAGAGCAGGGGCACUCUCGGGUUGUCAGGAAGUGGGGGCAAUGGACGGCGAGGUGGGGCAGGUGGAGAGACUGGGAGGACAGCCGCCAAAGCUACUAAGCGCAAGAACCAGAAUAUUGGCUACAAGCUUGGCCACCGGAGGGCGCUGUUCGAAAAGAGGAAGAGACUCAGUGACUAUGCGCUCAUCUUUGGCAUGUUUGGCAUCGUUGUCAUGGUGAUUGAGACAGAGCUUUCCUGGGGUGUCUAUAGCAAGAGCUCCAUGUACUCCCUGGCAUUGAAAUGUCUUAUCAGCCUGUCUACCAUCAUCCUCCUUGGGCUCAUCAUUGCUUACCAUGCUCGAGAGGUGCAGGACUGCAGAGACCUGGUGCAAUUGGUCCACCUCCCUUUGAGAACAACCAGGCCAGAAGUUCCCCCAACCCUCCAAAACUGCAACAGAAUUUGCCCGGGCCUCAUUUCAGCUCUUGGAAGAUCAGCUGUAGUUAUCCUGUGGCACAGUAAGCUGUUCGUCAUCGAUAAUGGCGCAGACGACUGGCGCAUCGCCAUGACCAUGGAGAGAGUAUUGUUGAUCGCGCUGGAGCUGCUGGUCUCAGCUGUGCACCCAGUGCCUGGAGACUUCAAAUUUGUGUGGCGCGCUCGACUCGCAUUCACCUACAUCCCCUCGCAGGCGGAGGCUGACCUGGACAUGGUUCUUUCUGUGCCCAUGUUCCUCCGACUCUACCUCAUCGCCCGUGUAAUGCUCCUCCAUAGCAAGCUGUUCACCGAUGCCUCCUCCAGGAGCAUAGGGGCUCUCAACAAGGUGCACUUUAACACACGGUUUGUGAUGAAGACUCUGAUGACUAUCUGCCCGGGCACAGUGCUUCUGGUCUUCAGCAUCUCCCUGUGGAUCAUUGCAGCCUGGACUGUACGAGUAUGUGAGAGGUACCAUGAUGCUCAGGACGUGACCAGCAAUUUCCUGGGAGCCAUGUGGCUCAUCUCCAUCACCUUCCUCUCCAUUGGCUAUGGAGACAUGGUGCCUCAUACCUACUGUGGCAAGGGAGUGUGUCUUCUGACUGGCAUUAUGGGGGCAGGCUGCACAGCGCUGGUUGUUGCCGUGGUAGCAAGGAAGCUGGAGCUUACCAAGGCUGAGAAGCAUGUGCACAACUUCAUGAUGGACACACAGCUCACAAAACGGAUAAAGAAUGCAGCAGCCAACGUUCUUCGGGAAACAUGGCUGAUCUACAAACACACCAAGUUGAUGAAGAAGAUCGAUCACUCGCGUGUGCGCAAGCACCAGAGGAAAUUCCUGCAAGCCAUCCACCAACUGCGAAGUGUAAAAAUGGAGCAAAGAAAACUGAGUGACCAGGCCAAUACACUAGUGGACCUCUCAAAGAUGCAGAGCGUGAUGUAUGAGCUCAUGUCUGAGCUGAAUGACCGCAGUGAGGAUCUGGAGCGCCAGAUGUUGAGCUUGGAGCAGAGAGUAGAGCAGCUCACGGCAGGUUUCAGCGCUCUGCCUGCUCACCUCUCAGCCACACUAAAUGCGCAGCACGCUGCACUCAUUCGCUUGCUGCAGGAGCGAGAUGCCAAGACCCCGAGCCCAAGCGUGCCCGCCCUCAUCACACCCACGCCCAGUGCCAACAACCAGGCCUCAGAUGAAAGCCCCAACACCAGUACAUCCAACUGCUGA